AUGACAAAGCAAGUAGGAAACGGAUUGGCAUCAGGAACCAACAUAUUCAGAUUGUGGUCUUCUUCUGCUAAAGUCCUUGACCUCUGUAUGGCACCUGGUGGGUUUACUUCAACGGCUGCAAGAAAUCUUCCGAGGUCACUCAUUGACGCUGUCACGCUUCCACCUGAAGUUGGUGGCUACGAGGUCAUGGCCAAAGAAGAUUGCCGGGAUAUCAUAUAUGCCGACAUUACAAUGUAUAUAACGGAGAUGGCUAGGGAGAAAGAGGUCCCGACAGGACAUCCCGAUUCCAACAAAUUUGAUACAUCCCGGCCGUUUCUUGGCAAUCUGUACGAUAUUGUGAUCUGUGGGGGAGCAGUGGGUAAGGAUCAUCCGAGGGAGGAGUACCGCAGUGACUGCGAGUCAUAUCGUUUGACAGUUUCUCAGUUGGUGUUUGCAAUGAAUCGUCUUAACCCUGGGGGUUCACUCGUCCUGCUUCUGCACCGACUUGAGUCCUGGGAUACAGUAUGCCUAAUCCAUGCUUUCAACGCGUUCUCCGAUAUUCAACUUUAUAAACAUCCGAAGGCCCAUGCUAUUAAAUCAUCAUUCUAUCUGGUUGCGAAGAAUAUCAACUUGGACCACUGUGAUGCAAAAGAGUCUAUCCUGUAUUGGAAAAGUCUCUGGGUACACCUAACUUUCAAGGAAUUUGAGGAUGUUCCUCUACGACAGUCGAGUCUUUAUAACUCCCAUGAUACUUUUGUUCGAAGAUUGCUGGAUGAAUUUGGGCCUCAAUAUCUCGAAAUAGCACGGCCUAUAUGGAGAAUCCAGGCUGAUACACUUCGCAACGCAUCAUUUACACAUUCCACUCAAAACUCUAUAAAGGCAUAG